GCGGUCCUGGGCGGCGGCACAAGGCGGAAGCCAUGGCGGAGGCGGCGGCUGCGGCUGCGGCGGGCGGGACGGGCGCGGGCGCGGGCUCCGGCUCCGGUUCUGCAGCGGACAGGGAGCGGGACCGCGCCGGGCGGAGGCUGCGGGUUCUUUCGGGCCAUCUGCUGGGCCGGCCCCAGGAGGCUUUGAGUACCAAUGAGUGCAAAGCGCGGAGAGCGGCGGCGGCGGCCGCCACGGCGGCGCCCACUGCCACUCCCGCCGCGCAGGAGUCGGGCACCAUCCCCAAGAAGCGGCAAGAAGUUAUGAAAUGGAAUGGAUGGGGAUAUAAUGAUUCCAGGUUCUUCUUCAAUAAGAAAGGACAAGUUGAGUUGACUGGGAAAAGGUACCCUCUUAGUGGCAUGAUUUUGCCAACUUUUAAAGAGUGGAUCCAAAAUACACUUGGAGUAAGUCUGGAGCAUAAAACUACCUCUAAAGCAUCCUUAAAUCCUAGUGAUACACCUCCUUCUAUUGUAAAUGAAGAUUUUCUUCAUGACCUUAAAGAAACUAAUAUUUCAUAUUCACAAGAAGCAGAUGAUCGAGUAUUUAGAGCUCAUGGUCAUUGUCUUCAUGAGAUAUUUUUGCUCAGGGAAGGAAUGUUUCAGCGAAUUCCUGAUAUAGUUUUAUGGCCAACGUGUCAUGAUGAUGUAGUUAAGAUUGUGAAUCUAGCGUGCAAAUAUAACCUUUGUAUCAUACCAAUUGGUGGAGGAACAAGUGUUUCAUAUGGCCUGAUGUGUCCUGCAGAUGAGACAAGAACAAUAAUUUCUUUGGACACUUCACAAAUGAAUCGAAUCCUCUGGGUUGAUGAGAACAAUCUGACAGCUCAUGUAGAGGCUGGCAUAACGGACAAGGAGUUGGAAAGACAGCUUAAAGAAAGUGGUUAUUGUACAGGUCAUGAACCAGAUUCCCUGGAAUUCAGCACUGUGGGAGGAUGGGUAUCUACUCGGGCAUCAGGCAUGAAGAAGAAUAUCUAUGGCAAUAUUGAGGACUUGGUGGUUCAUAUAAAAAUGGUAACACCUAGAGGUAUAAUAGAAAAAAGCUGUCAAGGACCUCGAAUGUCAACAGGCCCUGAUAUCCAUCACUUCAUCAUGGGAUCUGAAGGAACUCUUGGUGUGAUAACAGAAGCUACAAUAAAAAUCAGACCAAUCCCUGAAUACCAAAAGUAUGGCUCAGUAGCUUUCCCUAAUUUUGAACGAGGAGUAGCCUGUUUAAGAGAAAUUGCAAAACAGAGAUGUGCUCCUGCAUCUAUUCGCCUCAUGGACAACCAGCAAUUUCAGUUUGGUCAUGCUCUUAAACCUCAGGUUUCCUCUAUUUUUACAUCAUUUUUGGAUGGGUUAAAAAAGUUUUAUAUUACAAAGUUUAAAGGAUUUGAUCCAAAUCAGCUAAGUGUCGCUACAUUACUGUUUGAGGGGGACCGUGAGAAGGUUCUUCAACAUGAAAAACAAGUGUAUGACAUUGCUGCAAAAUUUGGUGGAUUGGCAGCUGGAGAAGAUAAUGGACAGAGAGGUUAUUUGCUGACCUAUGUCAUUGCAUACAUUCGAGAUUUGGGUUUGGAAUACUAUGUAUUAGGGGAAUCUUUUGAGACUUCUGCUCCUUGGGACAGGGUUGUAGAUCUCUGUAGAAAUGUAAAAGAAAGAAUAACAAAGGAAUGCAAAGAGAAAGGUGUUCAAUUUGCUCCUCUUGCUACAUGCAGGGUGACUCAGACUUAUGAUGCAGGUGCAUGUAUCUAUUUCUACUUUGCCUUUAACUACAGGGGAAUCAGUGACCCACUGACUGUGUUUGAACAAACUGAGGCAGCUGCUAGAGAAGAAAUCCUCGCUAAUGGAGGGAGCCUGUCGCAUCACCACGGAGUGGGCAAGUUACGGAAGCAGUGGCUAAAGGAAAGUAUCUCUGAUGUCGGCUUUGGGAUGCUGAAGUCUGUCAAGGAAUAUGUGGACCCCAAUAACAUCUUUGGAAACAGAAACCUUUUAUAAAUCCAUUACUGUUGUUAAGAAAAAUGUCACUUUUUUUUUAAAGUCUUUAACUAUGGUUAUACCAGUAAUCAAAUACAUCAUGGACUUUAUUUCAGCUACCUUUGUUUGUCGGUUUAAAAUAAGUUUGUUUCAUUCUGUAGUUUGUUUUGUUUCUACAUCUAUGAAUUGACAGAUGGUAUUCCUAAAUCUCUCUCAUUGUAGGUGUAUCAGUUUACAGUCAACUGGUUGUCAUUUCAAAUUUCAGUCAGGCAGCACAAGGCUGCCAAUGGUUAAUUUCAGAAGAAGAUGCUGCCAGCUGUUUUGUAUUGAUGCUUCUUCUUAGGAACAAAGCCAGAUUUUGGUGUCAUCUAUUGUUUCUCUAGCCUCUUUUUUAAAAGAACGUUUCUGGGAAGCAGCUAUCUAGGGAAGGAUUCCACUGAGGAGUGAUAUACAUGUAUGUUUUUUUAAGAGUGCAUUCUAGUGUGAAUAGGUCAUUAAGGGAGAAUACCCAUGAAAGAAUAUAGGCAACCUCUUAUUUAGGAUGCCUUCAGUUCUGUAAGGUGCUUGGCCUACAUUUUUCUUUGAAAUUAGUAUACAGUUAUAAAACCUUAAAUCAUUAGUAUGCUUUAUUCUGUCAGGGGACAUGUUUUUGUUCUCCAUGUUUCUGUUUCUGCUGAGGUAUGAGUUGUAUUUGUAUCACUGAGAUAACAUAUUGUUAUAUCCUAAUUCAUUCAUAAUAUGUUUUAUAAGAAAAGCUGACUUAUCACUCAUUGUACGUGAAGAACAGGUUUACCAUGAAAGGAAUGUCUUUAUUCAACUUAGAGUUCUAAUGUUUCUCAUUUCACGUUCUUGUUGCUGAGAUGCAGAAGAAGCUACAACAGGAGCAGAAGAGGGAAGACUUCUUACACGGAAUGUCUCCAGUUCAAAGAACUGUUUUGGCUAAAGAAACAGUCAUCAUUCAGCUACUGAAUUUGAAAACCUCAACAGUUUGAAUGACAAAAAACCUUUUUAAAAAAAAUUAACCCAAACAACGUGAUAAAUUUCCAUAUAAAAGUAAAGUUUCUUUUCCUAAAGUAAAAUUUAGUUUUUAAUAAUGGUUUUAAUGCCUUUUUUGAAUUACUGGUUUAACCUAAAUUUAAAAAAUAAUAAUGUAUUAAUACACAUCCCAUAAUCAAAAGUUUGAAAUAUCAUAUUUCUUAAACAAUAGGGAGAACAUUAACCACAUUUAGCAAACAUUUUUACAUUCAAACCUGGAUAUUAAAAUAAAUGAAAUGAUUACUUUGAAUCACUGUCUGUCAAGGUUCAUGGUUCACAUUUUGAGACAGAUUCUUUUCUUAAUGCAAUACCUAACUUUUGAUAAUUUUUUUAGAAUUAAUAUUUGAUCAGCUAAUAUGAGUCAAAAUGCAGACUAUCCUUUAAAAGGACACACUGUCUGUCUGUGUAGCAACAGCUCCAAAGUAUUUUUGGGCAGUUUGAUACCUUUUAUAUCUGAAGUAGCCUUAACCAGAAAAUCUAAAAUUGAUUCACAAAAUGAUAUUUUUAAGACUUCAAAAUGAUAAAUAAUUUUUAACAAAUAAAAUUGGCCUCAAACUAAUAAACUUAAAAUCUGUAAGCAAAUCAAAAUGAAACAUUAGUUUAACAACAAAAACUAAAUAUUUAUUUAUUAGAAGCUGCCUCUCUUCAUUGGUGAUUUAUUUUUAAUUAUAAAAUUUCCAGCAGAUCUUUGCUUCAAGCCCUUGAUAUAUGAAAUAGUUGGAUACUUGAUGAGGAAAUUACACUUGCUUCUAGAAUUAUAAAAAUCUCAGCUUUAUGAAAUGCAUCUAUUCAUGAAAGUAAUUAAUUGGUGAUCAAAAUGUAAAAUUUAAUACGAUACUAAUAUCUCACUGGAGUGUAUACAUGUUUCUGAGUAAUUUUUUAAAAAUAAAACUUACAGAUUCAUAAGCAGAUCCAUUCCUUUGCACGUGAUUGUUAUAACGUUCUUUCCUAGGGAGUUCAGAUUUCAAUAACCUCAGAAUUAGGAAAUGUAACACCUGAAAUUGUUCACUAUUCUACAUGAACCUUAUGGAAAUUAGUGAUUUAUGCUUUUGUUUUCUUCCAUGCACGCAUGACUCUCCAACCUUGAUUUUGUAGUGAUGACUACAUUUUGUAGUUAGAAUCAUUUCUACAGGGAUCAUUUUGAAACACAUAAACACUCAUCAGAACUGUUUCACUCUGAUUUAGUACAUCAGAAAGGCUUUCCCUGCUUCCACGUGCCCACCUCUGAGAGGUGCCUCAGCAUAUACUUAGUGUCUGUGGAGAGCUGAGUUCCUGAAUAUACACAGAAGCACUUAAAACCUUGCCUCCUGUUUCUGAAAUAUCUGAAAAUGACUUCAUAAAAAUUAAAGCCAGGGGAAUUUAUGUGAGACUUGAAUAAGUUUAUUUAUGUAGCCUAUUUGGUUUUCAGUACUGCAUAACACCGACUUGUCUUUCUUAAAUUAGUCAUAUUUCUCAUAUUUUAUUUGAUGAUGUCACAUUUGGGUUGACAUUUUAGUGGGAAUGGGAACUUGCUGCUAGUGAGAAAUGGCAUUGAAUACUAGAGUCAGUAUGAACAGGCUUUACUGACCCCUAGAGAAACAGCUGCCUUAAUGUUUGGUGCACUUUACAGUGUAUAAGUGAGUUUAUUAGUCUUAUGCUAAGUAACGUGAGCUUUUUUAGUUUAGUAAGAAUUGCAGAAGCCACAUGUUGAUUGUGCCCAGCAUUUUACCACAAAGAAAGAGGAUUAAAUUCUUUCCUCUCUUGAGGAAUUGGGAGUUUUCUUCCUAAAUGCUUACAUACUACAGUACUAUUACUUAAAAGCUGUUUAUGAAGCUGGAAGCAUUCUAGUAUACAUAGCUGUGUUGAUGUAUUUUGGAAAACAAAAAUGCAGUGAAGGAUGAACUUCCAUCAGUGUGUGUAUUAAACCAGAUACAGAUGGUUGCAAGAAAACCUCUUUUUCAGAAUAUUCUCUUAGUGACUGCUGAGUCCUAGCUUGCAGUUUUGAAAAUGACUUUUGCAUGUUGGCUUCAGAGGUUUUCCAUUGUCAUAUUUUUUUAUAGCUGCAACUUCUUAACUAUAGCUGAUCAGAGAAGCCCUGUGGUCCCAAGCUGAAGUCUGUAACCUUGGCUGUUCAAAUGGGCUGAGUUUGGUUGAACAUCUAUUCUAUGUAAACGUAGAACACAAACAUUUAUUAUGCAUUGAUGCACAAACUGCACAUGCUGGUGCCUGAAGCAGCCAAGGUGGAAUUCUGUGGAAAGCAUAUCUACAUUUUAAGAAGCACUGAGACAGGAGUUAAGGACAGCUUUAAUAGCUUUUUGUUACCAGUUAAUCUCUGGCGAUUUCGAUUUUAAUUAGGGUUUAGCUCGUGGUGGGAGAAAAGCCGAAAAUAGCAAGUGCCAGGAUAGGAUUGAAGAAUCCAGAAUCACCUUUGGCUUUAUGAAAGCUUGCCUUUGCUCAAGGCUUCACGUUCCCAAAUGAGCCACCUGUCAAUAUAUACAUUUAAUCCUCAUUAAUUUCAUAUAGUACAUUGAUGUGGAAAUCCAGAAGGUGUAAAAGAUUGUUUUAAACUAUUGAAAUACAGUGUGUAACAUGAAGGAUGUAAGUUACUCAGCUUUCUGCUCCCUAAAGCAAACAGUGUUUGUCUUUAGUGUGAAAUUUAACUGUAAAAACUACCUGUAAUGUCAACAGAUCAUAGAAACUUAUAUUAUUAAUAAAAUGGACCUGGGUUUAAGAGA